AAUCUUAGUGUACACACUGACCAACAACAAGUGAGUGUAAGGCCAAUUUGAAUAGUUAACGACUCCUCAUUUCAUACUAUUGUUAUUAUUACGACGGGUGUAGAAUUGUAGUGAAUUAAGUGAGUGGGAUUUGGAAACCAUGAGGCAGACACAAGCUAAAGCUGUAGCAGGAAUGACAUGUCAGGUUUUGAGGAAAUCGAAGAGAAAAAUGGUCGGGUCUGCCGAUACCAAGUCGGAGGCCGAGAAAAAGGCAUCAAAAGAAAAAGAAGCCAAUUUCAUAGACGCUAACAUGACUUGGAAAGACCGUUAUAAUUUUUUCGUUGAAAAUAUAACAGUAGAACCAAUGUUAGCUUGUUAUAUAGUACCUAGUGUUUUAGCUAGUCUUGCCACUCAGAAUUUGAAUCUUGAAAAAGCUUGCCGAGUAAAUUUAGGCUAUUCUCCGGAAGUAUGUGAUGCAUUAACUGAAAGAAGAACAGAAAACUAUACAAUGGAGGAACGAGAAGUACAGCAAUUGGUAGCCAGUAUGGGUGUAUGGAAAACAGUGCUACAAAGUGCUUUACCGGCGUUCCUUAUCAUGUUCAUUGGAUCAUGGAGUGAUAGAUGGGGUAAAAGAAAACCUUGCAUGUUGUUUCCCAUUGUUGGUGAAUUCAUGACGGUUGUGGGACUUAUGGUAUGUACAUACUUUUUUCAAGAAUUACCCAUGGAAGUGAGUGGGUUUAUAGAGGGAUUUUUCCCAGCUAUAACCGGCGGAUGGUUCACCAUGUUUAUGGGUAUAUUCAGUUAUAUUGGUGAUGUAACAACCCUAGAUGUGCGAACGUUAAGAAUCGGUAUAGUUAAUGUAUUUUGCUCCCUCGGCAUACCAAUCGGACUUGCAUUAAGUGGAAUUCUAUAUAAAAAAAUCGGUUUUUACGGUACAUUUUCUGUGUCCGCAGUUAUGUACAUAAUGGCAUUCUAUUACGGCUAUAAAUCUAUCAAGGAACCUAAAAAAUUAGACCGGCCCACGUUGCCAAAUCAACCUUGUGCUCUUAUUCGAGACUUUUUUGACGUAAAGCAUCUUCUAGAUACUUUUAGAGUUGCUUUUAAAAAAGGAGAAAAUAAAAGAAGAAAGAAGGUGAUGCUGCUGAUGCUUGUUGUAAUGGUAGUUAUCGGACCGAUGCACGGUGAAAUGAGUGUUGGAUACCUUUUUACAAGAUACAGAUUCAAUUGGGACGAAGUUGAUUUCAGUAUAUUCUCAACAUAUAGUAUGGUUACGAACUUAAUAGGAACUUCAUUUUCAGUCGGAGUUUUCAGCCAUGUCCUGAAAUUUGAUGAUGCGAUUAUUGGAAUUUACUCAUCGAUGAGCAAAAUACUCUCGAGUUUUGUGUAUGGAUUUGCAAAGACAUCACUAGUCUUCUAUUUAGGUGCCAUAGUUGAGAUUCUAAAUGGAACGUCGUUUAUUGCGAUGCGAUCGAUAGCUUCGAAAUUGGUGCCCACGGAUGAACUUGGAAAAGUAAAUUCUCUCUUUGGAGUUUGCGAAGCACUAAUGCCAUUAUUGUAUGGACCUAUGUACAAUGCCACUUAUGCUGCAACUAUCCAAGCUAUGCCGGGAGCUUUUUAUAUUUUGGGAGGAAUUUUAACUGUACCUGCGGUUAUAAUUUUCGCUUGGAUGUAUCUUCAGUCUUGUCGUGAAGCCAAGGAAUCUUCAAAAUUAAAUCACGAGAAACGUAACAGUGUAGUUGCAAAUGUUAUACUGAAUACAGCAGUAAGAGAAACUCAAAUAGUAGUACCAAUCGAUGUUUCUACAGGUAAUGGUGUGACUAAUAAUAAAACUCAAGAAAAUGGCACGAUAAAAGAUUCAAAACAAAACGGUGUGAUACAUAAAGUCGACGAAAAUAUAGAAGGAGCUGUUGGUGAUGGUGAAGGUAUCAAAAACCUAGCUUUUAAUAUGGAAGAAAAUUAAUAAUAUAUCAAUGGAAGAUAAAUAAAAAAAGAAGCUUUGUACUUCGCUCUUGUUUCACUUUUUUGAAGUGAACGUAUACAGGGCACUUACUUUAGAAAGUUACUCCUGGAAAAUACAGUCUAAAGAUGGCGUACGACUAGUGAAUAAUCAGUUUUAUCAAUUUAUUCAUUGUAAGAGCCUCAUUUUUUUAGUGUAAGAUAAUUUUUUGACAAUUGAAGCUUAUGUCUAGUAUUAUUUAUAUUAUCUAUUAAUAAUGACGAUGAGUAAUUAGUUUAUGUUUAUUUAAUAUUAACUUAUUAUGGAAUAAAUGAAUUGAAGUAUA